CUUUUCCUGCUUUUGCAUUGAGAGGGAAAGGAGCAAGACAAUGAGUGAAAUUGAAGGAUCUCUAGGAAGCUCCAUGCAUGGAGUGACUGGAAGGGAACCCACUUUUGCCUUGUCAGUUGCUUCACCAGUGGUUUCAACUGAUACAACCGCUAAGUUUGACUUGCCUGUGGAUUCUGAGCACAAAGCCAAAGUUUUCAAGCUUUUUUCUCUGGCUAAUCCCCACAUGAGAACUUUUCACUUAUCCUGGAUCUCUUUCUUCACUUGCUUCGUCUCCACCUUUGCUGCAGCGCCCCUCGUUCCCAUUAUCCGUGACAACCUCAAUUUAAAGAAACAAGAUAUUGGGAAUGCUGGGGUUGCUUCUGUUUCCGGAAGUAUAUUUUCAAGGCUGGUAAUGGGUGCUGUUUGCGACCUUUUGGGACCUCGUUACGGUUGCGCAUUUCUGAUCAUGUUAUUGGCUCCCACCGUGUUUUGUAUGUCGUUUGUUUCAGACGCCGGAGGUUAUAUCGCUGUUCGGUUUAUGAUCGGUUUCUCACUUGCUACAUUUGUGUCUUGCCAGUACUGGAUGAGCACAAUGUUUAACAGCAAGAUUAUUGGGCUUGUCAAUGGAACUGCAGCCGGAUGGGGUAACAUGGGAGGAGGUGCAACUCAGCUUUUGAUGCCCUUAACUUACGAAAUUACUCAACGUGUUGGUGCAACUCCAUUCACUGCUUGGAGAAUUGCUUUCUUCAUUCCUGGAUCGCUUCAUGUCAUCAUGGGAAUCUUGGUCUUAACACUUGGCCAGGACUUGCCCGACGGGAACCUUAGCAGUCUGCAAAAGAAGGGGAAUGUUGCUAAAGAUAAAUUCGGCAAGGUGCUAUGGUAUGCCAUUACAAAUUACAGGACCUGGAUUUUUGUCCUUCUUUAUGGCUACUCUAUGGGAGUUGAAUUAUCAACAGAUAAUGUCAUUGCUGAAUAUUUCUAUGACAGGUUCAAUCUCAAACUCCACACAGCAGGAAUAAUUGCAGCUACCUUCGGUAUGGCAAACCUACUAGCCCGACCCUUUGGCGGUUAUGCGUCGGACAAAGCUGCUCAGUUAUUUGGCAUGAGAGGAAGGCUAUGGAUCCUAUGGAUCCUUCAAACAUGUGGAGGUGUUUUCUGUAUCUGGCUAGGCCGUGCCAAUACACUUCCCAUUGCUGUCUUGGCAAUGAUCCUCUUCUCCGUUGUAGCUCAAGCAGCCUGUGGAGCCACUUUUGGCAUCAUCCCUUUUAUUUCACGGCGAUCUCUGGGAAUCAUUUCAGGUCUAACAGGCGCAGGUGGAAACUUCGGGUCCGGAUUGACGCAGCUAAUAUUCUUCUCAACCUCGAGCUUUUCCACAGCAACAGGUCUUACUUGGAUGGGAGUCAUGAUCUUGGCUUGUACUCUUCCUGUUACUCUGGUUCAUUUCCCACAAUGGGGCAGCAUGUUCCUUCCACCUUCAAAAGAUGUAAACAAGUCCACCGAAGAACAUUACUACUCCUCGGAGUGGAACGAAGACGAAAAGAAAAGAGGCAUGCACUCUGCUAGUCUCAAGUUUGCCGAGAACAGCCGGUCCGAGCGCGGAAAUCGUGUGGCCUUGUGAGAAAGGAGACAUCGGAGACAAGAUAUGAGGAACGACCGAUGACCGGAGUAUAAGAAGAGAGACUUAAAGAAGGGAAAUAUACUGAAAGUGUAUUAACGAAAAGUACUUCCACCCAUUACAAACAGUACAUAUAUAGCAUCACUCAAACAAGUUUAACAACUUUGAUCCA